GUAGCUAGCAGCUAACCCACAUUCCUGCUGACAGCAAAGAUUCUCUAGGUGUGUGUCAGCUGACUGUUGUGUGAUGCUAGCAUGUUAGCUUCGGAGUUAGCAGGCAGACACUGUACUGAUUUAUCGAGAGUGCUGCGUUUGACUCUUAAAUAGUUUGGCCAAUCGGUGAAAAUCAUUUUGUGUUACCUAGACAUCAGUUACGUGACCAAAGCGAGGAGGUUUACUAUGAAACAAACCACCUAAGUGUUUUGUUUUGUAUUUUUAGCACUAGCAAGCUAGCAGCGAGGAAGUAAAUCUUCCUAGCAACCGUAGCUACCUAUGACAGUAUGUUAGCUAACCGGCGGGUGUCUUCAUGGAGAGCUUUGAAGUGUUAGCUAAACUUACAAGAUUUGUCCUGAGUUAUGUGAACAGACUGUAGACGGGCGGCUUCUGCUAAGGUAAAUGUUGAUUAAAUGGCAAAAACUGAGCAGGGAAAUGGGCUUGACAUGCGGGGCAGCACAGAGAAGCUGACAGAUAAUGGGAAGGGCGGUUUGUAUGGAUCCGACACCGAGGUAAACGGCAGUGCCAUCUCCGGAGAGGAACAGGUGGACAAGUAUGGAUUCAGGGGGGGAGCCCAGCAGUUCUCCACAGACUCUGCUGAAGAAAUCCCCAUUGAUGUGCUUAGACAGCGGGAGGCAAAAUGGCUGGAGAUGCUCAACAGCUGGGACAAGUGGAUGGCCAAAAAACACAAGAAGGUGAAGGAGCGCUGUCAGAAGGGGAUCCCUCCAUCCCUGCGUGGCCGUGCCUGGCUCUACCUCAGUGGGGGCAAAGUGAAAAGGGAGCAAAACCAGGGCAAGUUUGAGGAGCUGGACAACCAGUCUGGAGAUCCCAAAUGGGUAGAUAUUAUUGAGAGGGACCUCCAUCGACAGUUCCCCUUCCACGAAAUGUUUGCUGCAAGAGGAGGUCAUGGGCAGCAGGACCUGUUCCGUGUUCUGAAGGCUUAUACUCUGCAUCGUCCUGAGGAGGGUUAUUGUCAGGCUCAGGCUCCUAUCGCUGCUGUUCUCCUGAUGCAUAUGCCAGCUGAGGAUGCAUUCUGGGUUCUUGUCCAGAUCUGUGAAAAAUACCUUCCUGGAUACUACAGUACUGGGCUGGAGGCAAUCCAGCUGGAUGGGGAGAUCCUCUAUGCUCUCCUGCGGCGGGUGUCCCCUCCGGCCCACCGUCACCUGAAGAGGCACAAGCUGGAGCCCAUCCUGUACAUGACCGAGUGGUUCAUGUGUGCCUUCUCUCGGACUCUUCCCUGGGCCUCAGUGCUGCGUGUAUGGGACAUGUUCCUUUGUGAGGGAGUGAAGAUCCUCUUCAGGGUGGGCCUGGUUCUCCUGAAAUGCAUGCUGGGAUCCCAAGAGAAACUGAAGGCCUGCCAAGGUCUCUAUGAAACAAUGGAGCUGCUCCGAGCUAUAAAGCCACAGUAUAUGCAGGAAAAGUUCCUGGUGAAUGAGAUUAUGGAGUUAUCGGUGUCUGAGAAAGACAUUGAGAAGGAACAUCAUGCUCAGCUGCGGCGCUGGAAGGAGACUCACGGAGAUUUAUGCUGUAAGUCCCCUCCCAGGAUGCACGGUGCCAAGGCCAUCAUGGCUGCCGAGCCACCCAGCCGGCAUGACCUGAGACAGAGGCCCACCAUCAUCGUGGAGUCUCCCCUGGCACCUAAGACAGAUGGGGAGCAAACUGAGGACGCAAAGGAAAGUAGAAAGUCUAAUGAGGUAAAGCAGCAGAAAACAAUCCUGCUACCACAGGAGAUAGUUAAUAAUCCUUAUCCUCCUCCCAGUGAACCCUCACCUCUCCUCAAAGACACGACCAUACAAGCAUCCAAAGAGAGUCUUAGCAGUUUAGAGCAUGACACUUACCUGUAGCAGGGUUAAGUUUCGAACCGGUUUACAUACAAAAAUCAUUCCAUAUACCCUUUACCAACUCAGCAGUGACACAGUUUUCGGUCAUCGUCACAUGUCACAGCUGUCAGUGACAUGACAAACCUUUCCAUUACUUGGUGUGUCUGUAGCAGUUGUAACUGAGACAGGUUUUAGUAAAAUGACUAUUUUAUUUUACCAUCAUGACAAUACAAGAAAAGUUAUGGAAUUUAAAAAUAAACCGUCGUAAAAUUUGGCAAAAAUGCCAUUGUUCAGACUACCACUUUAAUACUCAACAUAUUUUCACUGUCUUUUUCAUGUAUACAGAUUUACUGUACUUUUAACUUGGUAGUACAGUCAUGGAAAUUGAAAGUGUCACUAUAGGAAAAGGAACUCAGAAAAUGUGUGGCUACCAGGGAGCAACAGCAGAUGGCGACUUUGUGCACUUUGCAGACAUGUCUAUGAAGUUUAAGCCUGUGGGAAUAUGGAGCUAUAUGCUUCAUAUGACUGAACAUGUAGGGACACACACUCAUUAACUCACUGUUAACAGCUGCUGCUGCUAUUUACCUCUUGAAUCUAGUGCUCUGAUUCUCUCCUUUGUCAUAAGUGAAGUCAGAUUUUAUCUUAAAUGAUGGGAUCUCCUCUAGAGCACUUUGCCUUUCUAGUCUUCCUCUUUGCCUACAUUAGACACUAUGUUGCCAACACAGAGAUUUGUAUGCAUCCUGCUUUGCUAGACUCAGGCAUUCACACUAAUUUGCAGACACACAAUUAAGUGUGUGUCUGUUGACUGUUGCUGCAACCGUGAGUUGGUCUCUGCUGUUGUUGAACACCUGAGGGCGCCCUGAGAUUGUCUCUCUGCCCCAGCCAUCACCAGCAGUAGUCUAAUGAGAGCAAAAGCUUAAACAAGCUUUGUGACUCUCAAAUGAAGGAAAAAGUGUGCAGGGACAUUUUAUGCCACUAAGCCAAAGAUUUUAAAGCAUAUUUUUUUGAAAUGUAUAUUUUCCAAACUGUUUAUUCAAUCAUUUUGUCAUACAGUAUUUAAUUAUUGGCAAUUUGGGAGCGCAUAGGGAUUAUAUUUAUGUUAUGAACGAGCUGUGGUAAAAUGCCAUUUUGAAGAACGAUAAUACUAAGCUGUUUUUGUACAAUCAUGCGUUGUGGAUCUUUAGACUUUAAGAUAUCUAAUGUUGGUAUAAAAGAAAAAAAACAGCAUAGGGAGAUUUCUGUUUUCUCUGCAACCUCAGAAUCUAUCUACACUUUAAAUGCUCAAAAUGUAUUAUUUACAUUCUUUAUUUUUUAUUUUUCAUCCUAAAAUGAAGAAAUCCAGAAGUACAUAGUCUCUUCUUUGUUGACAAAACUGCUUUGAGUAAGCUUUAAAACAAUUAAUUAAAAGUGAAUUGACGCACUAGGUUGAAAUUCAUGCCACCACAGGAUUUCUUUGCACCUUCAUGUAAAGAGUUUUUCUGUAAAUGUGCGACUAUUUGAAAAAAACACACACACACACACACACACACACAUUUGAGCAACUCCAGAUAUUAAAGACAGAGACAUAAGCCUUUAAUAAUGACCAAAUAGUAUGUGUAGAUACUAAUUUUAUUUGGGAUGAUAUAAAUGAAAUAGUUGGGAAAAAAGUUAAUUCACAAGCAAUCAACAUUUAACAGCAUCAGCAAUUCAGACAGAUUAUUUUCUGUCAGAGUUUUUAUAAAUAAUGGAAUAUGGUUGUGGGAAUGUGUUGACUUAAAACAAUGUGGAGAUUUUAGGAAUAUGCUACGGGUUUAAUUUUUGUCCAUUAGGAAGCACUGUUUACUUGCCAUGUCCUCUGAAGCUUUUAAUUUUUAGAUUUAAAACAUUGUGUUCUAAUCUGUAGGAAGAACACAACGUACAUUUAACCAACAUGCAGUGCAUCUGUUGAGUUUUUACUCUGAGCUCUCUAUAAUGUACAUAGAUGGUGCCUCUAAGCUUCAUCCAGAGGUUAGAAAAACUGGUGUUCAGUCAUUCUGAGGGAUGCAAGAUAUAUAGGAUGGGGUUUUCCAUCCAAAAAGGUUUAUGUUGACUUUUAAUUUGUAAUAUUCUGUUUAAAUAAUCAUCAAAAUUAUAUAUAACAUUACACUCCAGUCGGUUGGUGGGAUGUUCCUUUUAACUAAUCAUCGCAACAGUUCUGUUAAAGAUAACACUGAUUAAGCCUGGGGCUUGUAAAUUUGCAGCUUAUCCUGCUGUUUCAUUUGAUAUAUAGGACUUUAUAUUCUAGAUCUGUUUGCUCAUUUAAUUUAAAAUCAACUUCUCAUAUGUACAAGCUGUUUUGUACCAAAUUACAUUUAAAUCAAUAAAAUUUGAAACUAUUGUAUUUUACAAA